AUGACUGAAGUUAUAAUGACUUACAAACUUGAAAGUGAUGAUGAUAUAAUAAAAAUACAAAAUAUGGAUUCACCAUCAUCUCGGUCAAGUACACCAACAAGUACAUCAAAAAUUAAACGUGCUCGAUUAACAUUUCCAUUUGGAGCCUGUCGAGUGUGUUCGGAUUCAGCUACCGGUAUUCAUUAUGGUAUUGCUACAUGUGAAGGAUGUAAAGGUUUCUUCAAAAGAAGUAUUCUUCGAAAAGAAAAAUAUCGAUGUUAUUUUGACAAUUCAUGUAUUAUUAAUGUAACUAAUCGUAACCGAUGUAAAGCAUGUCGAUUUCGACGAUGUAUAGGUGAAGGCAUGUCCGUUGAUGGUGUAAAGAUGGGGCGUAUACCAAAGUUAGUUAAAGAAAGAGCAUUACGCGAACAAAAAGAAGAACAAAUGAGAAAACAAGCAGUAUCAUCAACCGAAACCAAUGAAAGAUCUGAUGAAGUACAUGCAAGAGAAUCAUCAUGUUCAUCAUUAUCUGAUCGUAGUAUAGAAAAUGAUGAUCCUAAUCAAGCAGAACAAGACAUGUUAAAUAUACAAGCAGCAGCUGUUCGUCGACACUAUGAAUCAACAAAAAUGCAUCCAAAUCAUAAUUUAACUCAAAAUACUUCUCUAUCAUAUAAUGAUCAAUUAUCAAAACGUUCAAUAAAUUUAUGUGAACAUGAUAUCAAUUCACCUUUAAAUGUAAAUCAACGAAAAGCUCAUUUAUUAGCCCACCGAACAGUAUAUCCAACGUUAUUACCUGAUGAUUUUACAUUAGAUGAAACAAUUGGUUUAGUUGAACAUUCAACAGGUCCUUUAUCUAAUGAAGUAUUUAACCAUAUUCAUACAAUAUCAUAUAAAUUAAGUCAAAAUAAAUCAAAUUUACGUACGCAAUUAUCAGAAGAUGAAUUAGUAUUUACACGAUUUCUUCGUUGGUCUUCAUAUAAUAUUUAUCUUCGAUAUUCAAAACGAGUUAAACAAUUAGAAACACGAAUGAAUCAUAUGAUUCAUAAGAAUAUUAAUGAAUAUCCAGGUGAUCAUGGAACCGUAGAAGAAUUUUUUAUCAGUAUUCGAAAAAGUAUUGAAGUUGUUGUUCGCUCAUCUGUUUUUUAUAUUCAAGAAUUACCGGGCAUGACUAAUAUGGAUUCAAAUGAUUUACGUAAAUUAAUUUUACAUCGUUCAUUUGAUUGGUUUAUGCUUAAAUAUCAUCGUCUAUUAAAUGAAAAUGGUCAAUUUUAUAUUGUUUCACCUGAUGGUUUUCAAUGCACUCGUCGUUGGAUGAAUAGAUUUUAUGGAGUUAAAAUGACCGAUUUAAUGUUUCACUUUAGUAAAUCUUUACAUGAACUUAAUUUAACUGAAACAGAAAUAGCUCUUAUUCUACCAUUACAAAUGUGUCAUCCAGAUGUAACUAUAGACGAUAAAGAAAAAUUACAAAUGUUACGUGCUUGUUAUCUUUAUGGCCUUUAUGAAGAAUUAUGUCUUAAUCGCGGUGAAGAAAAAGGAAAAAAUGUUUGUAGUAAAAUUUUACAGAUACUUGAUCAACUUAUUCCUCUUAAUGAACUAUAUGAAGUAAAUGUUGGAUCGCGUGUAUUAGAAGUAUAA